AUGUCCACGGUCCGCAUCGCCCUUGAGAAUGUCGACUUCCGCCUGCCGACGCAGGUCACCGACGACAACAGCGUCACGGCAUUGAAAAGUCUUGUGUUUGAGCCCCUAGUCCGGUGGCAGCCGGGUGGUCUCGUCAAGCCGGGCCUCCUUGCGUCCUGGACACAUUCCGAUGGCGGGCGCGUGUGGGACUUCCAGAUCCGCGACGACGCUUAUUUCCACGACGGCCUUGUCUGUGAUGCGGACCAGAUUGUCAAGUACAUCCUAGGCCUGCUCGACUCGCUGGACUACUUUGGCAUGCGAUGGAGCUACGCGCGGUAUUUUGCCAAGUCCAAGAUCACGGCCGCCAGCCCGCAGACAGUGCGCAUCGAGAACCCGGAGCCGUUUGCAGAUGUCCUGGACAUCCUUGCCGAAUUCUGGCCCAGCCGGCUGGCAGCCGACGGGAAACCCGUUCUCGGCACGGGCCCAUACGAGGUCACUGCCUUUGAGCGCGUAGACAACAUCGGCAGCGCGACCAUGCAGCGACGCAGGGACGGCCGAGCCUCGUCGGUACCACCUCAGCACAACGGCGACGGGCCGGAGAUCAUCGUUGCAAUCCACGAAGGCAACGGUCUGAAACGCCUGCAGCUGCUCCGUGAAGGCGCAGUCGAGGUGGCACUCAACCUCGAGCGCGUUGAGGACUUCGCCGAGCUUGAUGGGCUGGAUGACGCCGGCGGGAGUUUGGUCUGGGGCCAAAUCACGAGCACGCUGUCGGCAAUGUACUAUCUCAACUGCCCCUCAGGGGUGUUCUCGCACCCAGAGGCGCGAUUAGCUGCCAAUCUGGCCGUGGACAACGAGGAGCUGGUCAAGCAGGUCUUCCAGGGCCACGCCAAGGCCUCGUCCACCAUCGUGAGUCCCUGGCAUCUCGGCUUCGCGGAAUCCGGGCUCUCGCCAAUCGAGUACAAUCCAGAGAAGGCGCGGCAGUUGCUGGACGGCGUGUUUGCGGCCAAUCCGUCACUGGAGAGGAAGCUGACUCUGCGGACACCCGUGUACAUGCCCGAGCACGCGCAGAAGAUUUCGGCGUUUGUCGCGGCUGCGCUGGAGCGGGCAGGAUUUGACGCCGGUGUAGAGGUGAAGCUCGAGACGAACCGGCCGGAAUACGCCCGGUCGAUAGGGCUGCGCAAGGACAUUGGUGACUUGGCUCUGUUUGACUCCACGCCCAACAGCACUUUCCGCGUUCUGGACGACAAGGUGUCGAGCUCGUCAAAGAACACGUGGUGGCUCGGCUACCAUGACGAUGAGACGCAAGGGUUGGUUGCUGAGGCGAGGAAGACCAUCACCCCCGAGGACAGGGCGAAAGCGUACGCAAAAUGUCUAACGAGGCUGGCAGAGAACCCGCCUUGGCUGUACGUUGCCCACCCGGACGUCAUCUGGGCAGUUAGAAAGGGGGCUGCAGAUGUCGACGUCAGCAGAUCGGGAGUACUAACCAUCAAGGCCAUGAUUUAG